CCCCCCCGCGCUUCCUUCCCGCUCCCCGCCCGCCCGGUCGGACGCGCCACCCCGGGGGCGGGUGCCGGUGCGGGGGGAGCGUAGGCAGGACACGGCGUGGCUGCUGGUAGCCGCCCGCCGGCAAGAGCGAGCGCAGCCCGUCCCUCAGGGAGAAGGGCUAACCCACGCGUGUUCCUUCCGCCUUCUCCGCCUCCCCGCCCCGUGGGGGCUCCCGCUGCUUUUCCUCCGCGCCCGCCCCCCACCGAGCAGGGUGGCCCGGGGCCAUGGAGCGGGCGUUCACGCCGCUGGACUGUCUCCUACCCGCCGGAAACCUGAAGUUUUGCCUCCUGAUUCUGAACCAGCCUUUGAACAAAGGUCAUUUUCAUUGUCUGUGGAGCAAAGCUUCUUGCCCGAUUACAUCUCUGGUGAUUUUGAUUCCAUUCGGCCUGAAGUCAAGGAGUACUACAAGGUCAAGGGAUGUGAGUUAAUUGAGACCAUGGAUCAGGACCUCACAGAUUUCACCAAGUGCCUUCAGAUACUCCAGAAAAAGAUAGAGAAGAAGGGCCUCCAGAUUGAUGUCAUUGUGACUUUGGGUGGACUUGGAGGACGCUUUGACCAAAUAAUGGCAUCAGUGGAAACGCUUUUCCAUGCAACAAAUAUCACUUCUUUUCCAGUGAUAGUUCUCCAGGAAUGCUCACUGAUCUACCUGCUUCAACCUGGCAAGCACAAGCUGCACGUGGACACAGGACUGGAAGGUUCCUGGUGUGGCCUCAUCCCCGUCGGGAGCUCCUGCGAGAGCGUGACCACCACGGGCCUCAGGUGGAACCUCACUAACCAGGUGCUGAAGUUCGGGACGCUCGUCAGUACCUCCAACACCUACGACGGCUCAGGGACUGUGACCAUCCAGACAGACAAGCCUUUGCUGUGGACAAUGGCUAUCAAAAUGUAACAUCAGCCACUGCUGCCUUCUCCAAUCUGACUCCAUGCAAAUCGCUGCGAAAAUUCACUGAAUUAAGACAAUAAAGCUGUUCCAAAAGAUGUAAGCAGGCACUGAUUUUAUGCACUGACUGUAAAAAAAGUCUGAAAUAAAAGUCGCUUGAGAUCAAG